AAGAUCAGUUUACGUGUCCAUCAGCUCGUCUGUGAUGACGCAGCGACCCCGGAAGACGUGCGUCUGCUGUCAAUGCUAGCGACAGAGAGGAAGAACUGAGAGAGCUAAAAGCCCGCAUUCAAGACAAGAUGGCAGGACUGCCCCGCAGGAUCAUAAAGGAAACUCAGCGUUUGAUUGCAGAGCCUGUCCCAGGCAUCCGGGCAGAGCCAGAUGAAAGCAAUGCUCGCUACUUUCAUGUGGUCAUUGCCGGACCUCAGGACUCACCUUUUGAGGGCGGCACAUUUAAACUUGAACUCUUUUUACCAGAGGAAUAUCCCAUGGCAGCUCCUAAAGUGCGCUUCAUGACCAAAAUAUAUCACCCCAAUGUAGACAAGCUGGGAAGAAUAUGUCUAGACAUUUUGAAAGAUAAAUGGUCACCAGCUCUGCAGAUCCGCACAGUGCUGCUCUCAAUCCAGGCAUUACUAAGUGCACCCAACCCUGAUGAUCCUCUAGCGAAUGACGUCGCAGAGAAGUGGAAGAGCAGUGAAGCUGAAGCCAUAGAAACAGCCAAGACAUGGACCAGGCUUUAUGCAAACAAAAAUGAAGUGUAGAGCAGCCCCACCUGUGGAGAUACAUGUGGAAGUGAAGUGUGAAAAACAGCUCCUCAUAUUCUGCCAAGACCUCCUCCGACUUUAUUUGCAUUAAAAGGAAUAUAUAUAUAUAUAUAUAUAUAUAAUGAAAUAAACAUGAAUAUGUUGUAAAGGUAUAAAAUCAACUGCUGAUAAUUGGUGAUUUAAAUGCACACUAGCAAUGAAAUGACUUGUUGUCGUCCUAACUCACUACUGUUCAAAUGCAUGGGCAGAGGUCGUAGAUCAUCUCACCUGGCUUUCUUUGUCCAUUGAUUUUUGGAGGCUUUUGCCAAUUGUUGCUUACAAGCACGUUAAGGGGGGGGGUGGGGGAGAGAAGGGGGUCCCACAUUUUUGGUGGGGAUGUGGGUUUUGGAGCAGUGGAGUGGGAGGAGAGGAGGCACUGGCUAGACUUGGUCAAUAUUGUAUACUAUUUCUUUUAUCUUUGUUUUCUCGUCUCGCUGUUUGUUUUAUUAAAAGCAGCUAACUACUACUAGCCCACUGUAUGUAGACACUCACCUGGAGGCGUAGCAGAGUUUUGUCCUGCUUAGAAGGUCUGCCAGGACACACGAACAAUCAUAGUACUACUUCUUCUCAACCACAUCUGGCUGCAUUUAAUACGGAGUAAUGACUCAAAACCAGACUGAUCCUUUCACCCUCAUUCAUUUUCUCACCCUCUCUCUGUGUAAACUGUAGGCUUGUGGAUGGUAUAGGAGAGUGUGAAUUGUAGGACGGACAUUUUGGACCUUUUCCUAGUUUUAGCUGAUGUUUUUAUUACCAUAUCCAGUCUUUUUUUAUAUGUGAAUCUUUCUUGCGAUUGCCAUACUAACCACUCUGCUUUUUCCCUGUUUGUCAUCACAGUCCAAUUCUUCACGACUCAGUGGUUUUCUUCUUCCAGUGGUAUUUAUUUGACAGGGCAGUGGUCACAUUCGAGCUGUCAGUUGUUUGAUAACGUGAAUGGGGUGGGUGGGUUGGGGAUCUAAUUGAGAGGAGAUGUUAGAUUGUCAGAGGAUAGGACUCAAAAUAUCAGCAAUGGUUCUGAUUCUCAAGUGUCAGAAUUGGUCUUCGGCUACAAAAGUCUGUAUUCAGUUCACUGUUUGUAAAUUCAUUCUUUCUAUUAAUCUGGGGAGGAAAUGUUUUCCUGCUCUCAGAAUGCUUUGAAACAGUCCACCUGCAUACUUUUAUGUUCUGUAAAUAAAAUCUGUUGAUUAAUAAGUUGUA